UUUCGCUCCUUUUCCCUCUUUUACCACAAAAGAUAUCGCGCAAUCACGAGCGCAUACUAUCGCGGGGCAGUUGGCGCGCUCCUUGUUUACGAUAUCACUCGCCAUAUAACGUUUGAGAAUGUCGAGAGAUGGCUGAAGGAGCUCAGGGAUCACACCGAAGCCAACAUCGUCAUCAUGCUCGUCGGGAAUAAAGCCGAUUUACGACACCUUAGAGCUGUCCCCACCGACGAAGCUAAGGCUUUCGCAGAGAACCAAAAUACUUUCUUCAUGGAAACAUCGGCCCUCGAAUCAUUGAAUGUCGAAAAUGCAUUCACUGAAGUCCUCACUCAGAUCUAUCAUGUCGUGAGUCGGAAAACAUUGGAUGUCGGGGACGAUCCCGCAGCUCUU